AUGGGGUCGUCGGAGGCCGACGACGACCAGCUCCUCAAAAGCUUCCGGGCCGAGGUCAGCGAGGCCGAGCGCGACAACGAAGUCGUCAGGAUACUUGGUUGCUUCAAGUUAAACCCUUUUGAGCAUCUUAAGCUGUCUUUUGAUUCUUCUGUGGAUGAGGUGAAGAAGCAAUAUAGGAAGUUGUCACUGUUGGUCCAUCCUGACAAGUGCAAGCAUCCACAAGCACAAGAAGCUUUUGGAGCCCUGGCAAAAGCACAGCAGCUCCUACUUGAUCCACAGGAAAGAGGGUACAUUCUUGAUCAAGUCACUUCUGCAAAAGAAGAACUGAGGGCAAAAAGGAAAAAAGAGUUGAGGAAAGACAGUGCAUCUAAGAUAAAAUCCCAAGUAGAUGAGGGAAAGUAUGAAGAGCAGUUUGAAAGAUCGGACGAAUUUCAGAAGCAGCUAAUAAUUAAAGUUCGUGAGAUUUUGACAGACAAAGAAUGGCGUCGGAGGAAAAUGCAGAUGAGGAUAUCAGAGGAAGAAGGAAGACUGAAGAAGGACGAGGAGGAAACAAAAGAAAUGUGGAAGAGGAAGAGAGAGCAUGAAGAGAAGUGGGAGGAGACGAGAGACCAGCGAGUCUCUAGCUGGAGGGAUUUCAUGAAGACAGGAAAGAAGGCACGGAAAGGAGAGCUCAAACCUCCAAGGCUCAAGACUGAAGACCCGAACAAAUCUUAUGUUCAGAGGCCAGUAAAGCGUGGUUAA